GAGAUGUUCUGCUCUUUAGGAAAUCACCCAGGUUGUCUUUACUUGUGACUUUUAUAUGAUCUUUUAAAUUAAUAUUUCAAAGGCAGAGAAAGAGAGAGAUUUCAUUUACUGGUUCACUCCCCCAAAUGCCUGCAACAGCCAGGGACAGGGCUAGGCCAAAGCUGGGAGCUGGGGAUUCAAUCUGUGUCUCAGAGACCCAAGUAUUUGAGCCAUCACCGGCUGCCUCCCAGAGUGCGCACUGGCAGGAAGCUGGAAUUAAAAGUAGAGUAGGACUUGAACUCAACACUCUGAAAUGUUAUGCAAGCAUCCCAAGUGGUGUUUUAACUGCUAGAGCAAACACCCGUCCUUUUCUAUGAUCUUUUUAUACUCACGGAGCUGGGUGUUGAUAUCUAAUUUCACUCAGCUGUUCAAUAGCAUUAAAGCUUUCAGGGGACUAUCAUGUACACACACAGUUCUUAAACCAGGGGAGGGUAGGAGGUGCUGGGGGUAAUGAGUGGGCAUCAGAUGUCUGUGAGCUCCUGGAAAUCAUAAGAAAAAAUGUAUGCAUGUGUGUAUUUAGGGAAGCUGGGGAGGCCACAAGGAGCUACAAGGAUCAGUGAGAAGGACUCUUUACACAGUCCAGGGUGGGCUUCUGAGGACUCUGAAUCCCUAAUUACUCAAUCCUAUGCACAACGGUUUGGGCAUCUGCAAUUUUCUACAAACAUGGUUGGUCCCUUGUCUUACAUUCUCAGCCAGAUGGUGAUCCCCUAAGAGGUUAAGAACCAUUGGGGCCGGCGCCACGGCUCACGAGGCUAACCCUCCGCCUGUGGUGCCAGCCCCCGGGGUUCUAGUCCCGGUUGCUCCUCUUCCAGUCCAGCUGUCUGCUGUGGCCCGGGAGGGCAGUGGAGGAUGGCCCAGGUCCUUAGGCCCUGCACCCGCAUGGGAGACCAGGAGGAAGCACCUGGCUCCUGGCUUCAGAUCUGCGCAGCUCACCGGCCGUAGUGGCCACUUGGCGGGGGUGAACCAACGGAAAAAGGAAGACCUUUCUCUCUGUCUCUCUCUCUCUCACUGUCCAACUCUGCCUGUCAAAAAAAAAAAAAAAAAAUGGAAUUAGGUAGUGUUCUUUGUUAUUUAUGGGGCCUGGCCAGACUAUAAGUGGAGACUUCUCUUUUUCUUCCCACACCCACUGUUUGCUCGCAUUUGUAGGGGUGUCACAUACUACCCUGCAUAUCCAAAAUUCAGUCUGUAUGCCCUUCACACACAAUCAGAGCUUAGGGUGUGUACCUUAGCCUACCCUCAAGAAUAUAUACCUGGAGUUGAGCCCUGAGUAGGUCUUGGAAGUGAACUCAGUCAUUUGGUCCACAAAAUCCAGGGUUCUGGGUUCCUGGAGAAUGGUCUAGAAGUGUGUUUGUGAGUAGCCUUGCAGUUUCCAGGUGGGCACUUUCUAAAUAAAUACUCUUGGAAACCUCAUCCCAUAAGGAUAGUGUGGAGCCCUUUGUCCAGAUUUAAGUCAAUUCUAGCAUUUAGUCCUGGUCUUGACACAGCCCCUAUGAGGAGUCUGAGGGUCUUGGAGAAGGUAGCCCCACAUUAAGGCUCAAGAAAAGGGCCAUCCUUGUUGAUGCAGUGGAACCUGCUUCUGACUCCCCCUCAAUUCACAAAAUGUCUGCUAUGACAAGGUCUCUAUGACGUAGAUUUAGCUCACCUGAAUACGACAUAGCUGGCUCUUGGGUUAUGUACAGCAUAGGUUUAAGAUAGAACUAAUUCACCCUGUGCUAUGUCUUCCCUGGUCUGUGUUGGAUGUACUUAACUACAAGGAUUGUUCAUGUAAGAUUCGAAUCAAUAUAAAAUCAAUAUAAAAUGCUCUUAAUUUAUAAAAAGAGCUGUGCUUCUGGGAAGAAUCUUUUAAACAUAAUUUUCCUUAUUUGAAUCUUGUUCAGCUUGGCUUGUGGAGAGGGCUCAAUAUUUAAAAUAAAUGAGAUAAAGGGAGAAUAUUUUUGUAAAAUAAAUAGUCACCUGGUUCAUUCUAAUGGUCUAACUCUUAAUGUUUAGGUGCUAUCAAUAUUCGCAUUGCUGUGUUGACAUUGCACACAGAGCUGGGUUGUACCUGGAGGAGCUCAUGACACACAGCUUGCUGGGAAGCUCUGACCUUGCAGUUGGAGCACUUCACACAGUCCCCCUUACUACUACUACUUCUUUCCAGGAAGAAGAAGAAACACAAGAUUUCAAAAAUCUUAUUAUUACUGAGCACGGUAGAGGGCUGUCAGGCAGAAGUCAGAUCUCCAAAAAAAUCCCUGUUGCAGUUAUGGGCCACCUAAUCUCUCCUGCCCACUCUACCCUCUGGGAUGCAGGAUGUGUUCUGACCUGUGGUUUCUACCCAGGCUAGUCAACUCUUGAAAAUGAUUCCUACCACGUCAGCCUGGGAAAUAGAAGGUGGACCAGGUUUCUGAGACCAGGGAGGGGAGCUCUUUCAGGAACACCAACAGUCAGCAGUGUCCCUACCCUUCCACACCAAAAGUGCUGCUUCUGCUGCCACUGCUCAGUGCAUGAUGGCCAGGCUGCAGUUGCACUGUCGAGCAUGUCAGGAGAGGCUAAAGAAAGGAGUAGAGUCACCAGCACACGGGCUGAGGCACAGAGGGCCCUGCAGAGAGCUCUAAAGAGGCGGUUUCUAAGGGGGAUACCCUUAGGUGGGGUAGACACCAAGUGGGAGGCAGGAUGGGGUUUCCCAUUCUUGGGGGCUUUUGUUCACUGAACAGGGAGUCCCCUUGCCCUUUUCCCUCCCUUUUGGGUUCCCCGACAGCCCACUGACUCCAGCAACUGCACUUUGCUUCGAGAGUAUGCUGCCCUUCGCGCAGUCUGCGCCUCUCUUGAUCAUCAACAGGCAAACCACACCAGUGGGGGAGCUGAGUCACAGGCACAUGGUGUAGGGCCGGGAGGGGAUGGGGACCACACUGCACUGGGUGAUGUAACUUUCAGAUCCCUGUCCCUUUACUUUCCUUGGAGCCUGUCCUUCCUGGCAUUCCUCACUACUUGUGUUUAGGGGUUGUGUAUGUCUGUGUUGGAGGAAGGCUGUUUCCCUCUGUUUACAUACAUAUUAGAGGGAUGGAUGAUUUAUGUAUUUGAUACAGGUGUCUACUGUGUCACUGGGUGUGGUGAUGUGCGUUAGAAUGCUCAGAAAUGGAAAAAAUUAGCAUUCACAGUAGCAGAUGAAUACAGCUUGCCCAUUUGCAUUUUCCCUUUCACUCUGACUCAUUGCCCCUCUCCCCACUCUGUUGCCCCUCUACCAGCCUCACCCACCACACACCCUGUCGGAUCUAGGAAGGAUCAUCACCUGCCUAUACCCAAGUUAGAUGGGAGGAAAAGCAGCGGGUCUGAAAGGCGACAGGAGGCGGGUCUGAGGACGCGGGAGUCCUAAGCCACAGGGAGGAACGGUGGCUUAGAGACGCAGUAUUUGGAUGUAGGAAGGGACCAGGACGUAGGGAAGAGGGCUAGGAGGAAUCAAGCUGUCUGUCAGAGGCAGCCUGGCACUGCUUUCCAGUCACUUAGUACACAUGCGUGACACACAUAACAUGAUCGACAUGUGUUAAACGAAGGGAUACUCUCCUCCAUUCUUAGGGAUAACGGGAUAGUAAGAGACAGAAUCUCUCCGACCUCAUUGCUUCCGCAGGUUAAAGAGUGCUAAAGUGUGAAAAGAGGGGAAGUCUCUGGGGACCCUGACCCCUUCGGCAGGAAGUGAAAGGAACUCCUGAGUCCUAAUUUCAGAGAAAAGCCAUUUGUCAUCAGCCCAAGAAAUGGAGGUUUUCUCUUCGAAGACCACCGCAGGCCCUUCCUGGGGUUGCCCCUCUGAGAGCUUGAUGGGAGGAUCUGAGUCACUCACACACCCUGUCCUCAGUGGUGGCCCAGAUGACAAGGGGUCAUCCUACAGAGCAAGGGAGGCUUCUUAGUACCAAGCCAGGGGAGGGGGCACACGCUUUGGCAUUCCUAUUCCCUCUCCUGGGAACCUGAUGUUUCCGCCCUUUUCGCUUCUGAGGCCACAGAAACAGCUAUUGGCCUAAUUAGAGCUGUACUGUCACCCUUAAGAAACGGCACUACCAUCAGAAUGUUGCUGUGACCUGAGAGAGCACACCUGAAUUCAUCGUGGCAUUUCACCUUUACUCCGGCCUCUAACAGGGGUAACUGGGCGGCCUGCCCAGGGUCACUCAGCUAGUAGCGGCAGAGAGCCGGGGAUAUAAAGCCACACCCCAUCGGGGGACUGUGGCAGACUGAUGCUUGGGACAUCCAAUGGAGGACUGUGAGCUCAGGGGCGGGACUAGCUCCUCCGGGGGAGGGGGACCUGCAGGAGCCCCAACAGUUCAGAGCAUGCGGCGUCAGUGUCGAGGAGGCAGCUGCAACUGGUGAGUGGUUGCUUCUCCCCAGACGAGGCUUUCCUCCCAUCACUGCCCUUGCUGUCCACUCCCUGCCACCUGCAGCCCCUCACUGAGGUGUCCCUGAGGGUCCUCCCCCACAGUGGCACUGUACCGGGGACUGGGCCUGCUGGGAGCAAAGGUGCUCAGGUUCUUUCUCUUUGUAUCUGGGUUUCUAGUUCUCUUCUUAAAAGCCAAUGUGGUCAUUUUGAUGUGUGACAAGCUCCCGCCUUGUUGGGUUCUGUCUUCUGUUCUUUACUUUUUCGCUUAUGAAAAACAAAAUUAAACCAUCUCUUUAUGCUAAUCCUGAGAGGAAACAGCCUGGCUCCUCAGUGUCUCCAUGCCCUCUCCUCCCACUUUCUCAGAGCUCAAUGCUUUCGCUGAAGUCUCCCUCCCUCCCUCCUUACCAGGCCAGCAGCCUCUCUCCCCGGCUCUGCACCGCCCUUGUCAGAUGCAACUGGUCUCAGUCCUUCUGUGAGGGUGUGCUUGAGUGUCCAUCUCAGGCCCUGCAGCCCGGCCCAUCUUGUCCUCUCUCUCUCUCAGGCAUGAUGAUGGGCUUGUGGAGGGAGGACCCACUAGCUUUCUAAGCUCUCCCCUGAAGCUAUGUCCUGCUCCAUCUUUGUUGCUGGGCUUUUGUGCUGAUGCCUUUGGAAUGAGGGGCGCCUGGCCUGCUCGGUGGUCUUGCCCACAGCGGGACCCCUGGGGAGCAGUUUCAUUUUCUUUAAGUCAGAGAUUGCCAGCUGGCGGGCCCUCCUAUACCUGUUCUGAACACACUGCUUGGUAUUUGCAUUAAUGGCCUGCCUCUUGCUCUUUAAGUCCUGAAUUGGAUCUUUUUUUUCCAUUUUCCCACCUUUCUGGCUCCACCCCUGGCUUCUGUUGAUUCUAGACGAGCUCAGGUCCUCUCUUGGGUUAGUUUAUUUGCUGCAUUCAGGACAGAGCUUCGAUGUAGGACCAGCAACCGGCAACUCACUCUUUCUCCACUCCCCUCCACAGGCUUGAGAACAUGCUGCUCCUCCUUCCCCACUCCGCCACGGAGCCCUCGCUGUGGCCUGCCUCUCAGAGCCUCUGACACUGGUACCCAGGCAAGGCACGAUGCCCCAGCCGCCCCCAAGACUGAUUAGCCCCUACGGCUCUGAUCGGCUGGUACGGCUGGCAGCCAGGCUCCGGCCAGCACUGUGUGACACCCUGAUCACGGUAGGGGGCCGGGAGUUCCCUGCCCACAGCCUGGUGCUAGCAGGCGUGAGCCAGCAGCUGUGCCGAAGGGGCCAGUGGGCUCUGGCAGAAGGUGUCAGCUCUUCCACCUUUGCCCACCUUCUGAGCUUUGUUUAUGGGGAGAGCGUGGAGCUUCAGUCUCGGGAGCUAGGGCCCCUUGAGGAGGCAGCCAAGGCCCUGGGGGUACAGGCCCUGGAAGAGGCAUGCAGGAGGGCUCAGAGGGAUAGGGCUAAAGAAGAACUGGACCUAGGGCUAAAGAAACAGGAGGAGGAGCAGGAGAAACCCACAGGGGGCUCUGGGAGAGGACUGGGAGGCCUCGAAGAGAAUCAGGAACCGGAGAGCUUUAGAACUGCCGGGCGCGAUCCGGAGACACUGCACAAGCACAAGUCACCAGGAGCCAGUCCCGAGAGGACAGAGGCAGGGCGCGGAGGGCAGUGGGCGCAGAUGGGAUCUGAGGAGGAGAGACGCAGCCGAUGCCCUCGUGGCCAGGAGCAAGGAGUGGUGGCGUGGGUGAGGCAGAGUCCAAGGGGCUCUGAAGAAAGGCUGUGGGAGUUCCCUGGCCCCCUUCCCCCACCAGGUUCUCUCCAAACCAGCGACCUCCCCAGGCCCUGGUGGGCGGAGGCCCCGUGGCUGAGGGAGGGCCAGCCUGCCCUCUGGACCUCGCUGUCGUGGCCGCCCUUCUCCCAUAGCACCCCCAGCACGGGAGCCUGGCAGAAGGUCUGGCCUCUGCACCAGAGGGUCCCACUGUCCCUGAACCCCCGCAAAGGGCUCUGUAGUCAGAACCAGCUGGCCUCCUCCAGCCCCACCCCAGGUUCCCUCCCUCAGGGCCCUGCACAGCUCAGCCCUGGGGAGACGGAAGAGUCCCAGCAGGGGCACACAGGCGCACUUGCAACCUGCAUGGAUCAGGAGGUCACUGCAGGUCACCCAUUUCGCCAACGCCCUCCCCCACCCCCUCCUGCCCGGUCUCGGCCCUAUUCUUGCGCUGUCUGUGGAAAGAGAUUUUCACUCAAGCAUCAGAUGGAGACGCACCACCGAGUGCACACAGGAGAGAAGCCCUUCUCCUGUGGCCUCUGUCCUCAGCGCUCCAGGGAUUUCUCAGCCAUGACCAAGCACCUGCGGACGCACGGGGCAGCUCCCUACCGCUGCCCUCUGUGCGGGGCGGGCUGCCCCAGCCUGGCCUCCAUGCAGGCGCACAUGCGCAGCCACUCGCCCAGCCAGCUCCCUCCCGGAUGGACCAUUCGCUCCACCUUCCUCUACUCCUCCUCUUCCUCCUCCUCCUCCUCGAGGCCGCCCCGGGCCUCGACCUCUCCCUGUGGUCCUUCCUCCACCGCCCGACAAGCUGUUUGAAGUUUCUUUGGUCUUAGCCAGGAGUCCAACUAAAGAAUGAAUGGCGGGUAGGCUCCGCUUCUGCCCCGGCACCGCUGCCGCGUAGGUCUAGCAAAUUCCGCUCCAGACACGCUGCAGGAAGGGCGCCGAGCGCGCUUUCCCUGAAGUCCUCGGGUCGCACCCCUGUCGGGUGAACUGAAGCCUGCAAGAGCGAAGGUUAACUGUAUGAGGAUUGUCGGCUGCAUCACCAUAAUAAAGAGUUUCCUGUGCUUUUCGCUCUGGGCAAGAAA